CGGGUCGUCGCCGUCUCGGCACCCGCGUCGCUGCUCUCGGCACGCAUGAUGAUCGCUGUGCUCCCAACUCUUGUCGGCCUCGUGCUCCAGCCCAUGCCGCGACGGGAGGCUCUUGCGUCUGCCGCCGCCGCGGUGCUCACCGUCGCGUCGCCCGCGUGUGCCAAGGGUCCAAAGAACAGCGUGUACUUCACAAACGUGAAGGACGGCGAUACGGUGCCGAGCACGUUCACGUACAAGUUUGAGGUCACCGGGUACGCGCUCUCGCCUGCUGCCGCUGGGCUCAAGGAAGGCACUGGCCACCACCACAUGAUCAUCGACGCUCCCACAGCCUUCGUAAAGAGCGGCGAGGCAAUCCCGAUGGAUGCCACCCACAAGCACUACGGGAAGGCGCAGUCGGAGGGGGAGCUCGAGCUGGAGCCAGGGAAGCACAAGAUCACCCUGCAGUUCGCAAACGCCUACCAUGAGUCGUACGGAAAGGAGUUUGCGAAGACAAUCACGGUCAACGUCAACGGUGCGUGAGCGCGGGUGGCGCCGCGCCCUCACGCCGUCAGAGAUAUGCCCGCCCUCUACCUUGCGGAGCGCGCCCGGCCGUCCUCGGCAUUGCCCGCGAAUAUAGAGUACUGUCUGCAUGUAGCACCUCGGUCCAAUACACAAUGCACAUGGACAUGGACAAGCGGUCGCUAGCUAGUGUCACUACGUAGUGUGCGGCGAGCGCGCGGCUCUGUGUCGCCCUAGGUGCCUGAUCUGGGACGUGCUUUGCCAUGCACAUGCUCUCUCAUAACAUACGAAGAAUCCACACGAUGUUCUUAAUUCUAACGGAAGGACGCUUUGUC